UCGCUACUUCUCUCCCUUGUCCAGUCACCGGCACGCCCAGCUGUCACCUCUCGCUUCUCAAAUCGUCGUUCGGCGUCACUCAGCCGCCGAGCCCGAGUCAGGGCUGUCUUGGCUCUGACCCUCGCUCAUUCAAUCGUCGCCGUCUUUUCAACACAUAAGCACAGCGUGAUGAACCACUUGGGCGAUCUCGAUGGCUCUUGCCAGGACUACCUGACUGCUGCGAUGCACGCCUCGACACCUCCUAGCGCUGCAUUGAGCCAAGCGGUGUUCGGUGUUGGCGUCGUGUGCACCAUUGCGACACUGUGCGGACCCGUACUGUAUGUGCUGCAGUGGCGCAGAGGCACGCUGUGGUUCUUUCAGCUCAAAAGAACUUCAAGAGGCACCUAUAUCGCGUGUCACCCGCUCAACGUCUUUCUGCUCAAUUCCAUCCUCUGCGCCGCUUGCAUCUCCAUAUUGGGAAUCUUCACAAAAGCCUCGGAGAACGGCCACAUGGAUCUGAUACCGGGCCUCCUCGUCCUUCAAAUGCUUGCUUGGGUCUUUAGCGGCCUCAGCGCCUUUUAUCUCGUCAUGGGCACUUUCAUCGCACUGCCCGAGGGGUGCGACAUCCCAGGCCUCGUGCGCCUCAGCAGAGCACUAGCUCCUCUUUCACACCCAUAUGUCAUCAACACGUUCAUGCUAUGCGCUCCAGUCGUAUAUACCGCUUCCAAUAUCCCAAACAUCAUUCUCGCGCCAAGGGACACCAACCUUGCGAAGUCUCUCUCCAUGGUCGCCAUUGAGCGAAUGAGAGGCCUCGCUAUGCAAGAUCCGUCAGCCCUCAUCCCUGCGGACGUCCAAGCUCUGCUGGUCGAGUCUGUUCACUACGAGUGGGAGGCUGAGAAACACAUCGGCAUUGCUUUUGUCUUCAACACACUCUUCACCUUCCUUUUGCUUUUGAUUGGAUAUCCAACUGCCUACAGCCUUGUUUUCCUUCUACGAAGGCAGCUUCAAGAAGAAGGCAAGCGUGUCAGACGUGUGCCUCGAGACAAUGCUGCUGGAGCUACCGAGAAAGCUCUCGGGACGAGUCCAUGCAGGCCAGGGCUAGGCGUUCACAUGAUCACGAGCACCGAUGUCAAAGUCGAUGGUCCAGAUCUGCAGGAUGACAAUUACGACGUCGACGUAUUCCCAGCCAGACAGCGUGCGCCCCUCAUUGCGGCAGCAACGUCUCCAAGCAGGAGAUCCACAUCGGACGCUCAGGUUGGAUCAUGUCCCGGAUCGCCGCUCAAAUUUGGAGAACCUUCGACGCCGAUCACUCCGCAGUCUCUGGCAAUGAGCUUGCCUUCCUCAGCGGAAGAUAAAGACCUUUCCGCUUUUGGAGACGUGCCUAACCUCCCGAAAGCACCCUUUGUCGAAGAUUCUCCCACGCCAGACAGCCCGAACAAACCAACUUUCCUCCGAAACAUGCGCCGCAGGAUGUCCUGGAGCACUCGCACCCAAUCAGGUUCAGACUCCCAGAGAGACAAGACCGCCGCACUCUUACGUUUCAAGUAUCUGCGCCGCUGCUUCUACACCCUGGCUACCUUCUACAUCUCUAUGAGCUUCAUCGGCCUCGUAUAUCUGGGGCUAUCGUUCUUCAUCGCACUCGUACACUUACUUGCGCACAAUCCACUGCUGAAGUCGAUCAGCAAUCUCAUGCUCGUCUUUGAGUGUGUAGCAGCAGCUGCACUGGUCAUGAACUUUACAUUGGUGGGCGUGAAAGUCUUCGAUUCGGGUACAGUGUAGCCAACUGCCGGAUCCGCCAUCUACAUGAGGUCAGGGGUCCUGCAGACGAUGGGAGGAAAGCAUUGAUCGGGAGGAAGGCAAAUUCACAAUAUAUACCCAAGACUACAAGUGCUGCUUUCGCCACCCCGUCACCCUGUUCAAUAAGAAUGUGC